AUGGUGAAUAAUGAAGGGAAUGAGAAGAAAUGGAGGUCAACGGUGAAGGCAAGUAGAUGCAAAGAGGCUGACGGACAGCGGUGGAGCGAGAUGAGAGGCAGAGUACGGGUGAGAUAUCUUGUUGACGAUUCUUGUGUAUUUGGAGCUGAGGUCUUUGUUGUUCAGUGUUCUGGAAAUUGGGAAUGUCUUUCAACACUGGAUGACAAAUUUAAGGAUUCCUAUACAUGGAAUUUGUCUAAAUACUCGCAGAUUGUGGAGGCAUUUUGUGAUUCCGAAGCAUUCUCUAUUAAAGGCAAAACAUGGAAGCUGAGAGUUUAUCCCAGAGGUGAUAGGUCUCCCAAAAAUGAGUUUCUGUCCAUAUUUUUGGUCUUGAAUGAAGAUGAAAGCUCGAUGGCAAGAAAGAAAUGGUUCGCCGAGUACACAUUACACCUUAAGAAUCAAUCUGCACCAUCGAGAACUCGCGAAUUGAAUGGUGCAUCAUGGUUCAGUCACGUGACAAAUAAAUGGGGAUUCAGUUAA